AUCGCGGUCAUUUUGAAAUCGAUCAAUCCAUGAUCACACACUGUUUAUUCAGUAUCUGAAUAUUCCACGAGCUAUAUUGUUAAGUCGGCGUACUGCGACACAUGAGACAUGACGAUCAUAAGAUAAUGUAGCUAAACCACGCCCACCUCACCCAUCUGUAAACAUGUCAACAUUGAAACCAAAAUUUUGGAAGCCAGGAACUGACGCUCCUGGAACUGGUCUCCAUGAGGAAAGAGAACGAAUAAGUGAGGGAAGUGGAGAGGUAGUGGUGUACAAUCCACAUGUGUCAAUAUCUAUUGAACAGCAAAGACAAAGAUUACCAAUAUUCAAGCAUCGCAAUCAUAUACUGUAUCUAGUGGAGAAAUAUGAGACUGUGGUGAUAGUUGGAGAGACUGGAUGUGGUAAAAGCACUCAAAUACCACAGUUUUUAGCAGAGGCUGGAUGGACAGCUGAAGGGCACAUUGUAGCCAUUACACAACCCAGAAGAGUAGCUGCAGUCACUGUAGCUAACAGAGUAGCUGAAGAACGAGGCUCUAUCAUUGGUAAUGAGGUCGGUUAUAACAUUCGUUUUGACGACUGUACCGAUGCCACUACGACCAGAAUCAAGUUUCUAACAGAUGGUGUGCUGGUCAGGGAAAUGAUGAGUGAUCCGUUGUUAACAAAAUAUAGCGUAAUAAUGAUUGACGAAGCACAUGAACGGACCCUUUAUACCGACAUCAUAGUAGGAUUGCUGAAAAAAAUACAGAAGAAAAGACCAGACUUGAGGCUAAUAAUCUCAUCAGCAACUCUUGAUGCUGAAGCAUUCAAAGACUUUUUUAACAAUAAUGAAACAAAUGAUAAAAGCAAAGACACUUCAACCAUUAUAUCAGUAGAGGGAAGAACAUACCCAGUGGAUAUAUAUUAUACUAUAAGUCCUGUGCCAGAUUUCAUCAAGGAAACAGUAAAUACUAUCGUGAAAAUACACAAAACUGAACCAACUGGCGAUAUAUUAGCAUUUUUGACGGGACAAGAUGAAGUUGAAAAUGUGGUGUCACUUGUAAUAGAACAAGCCAGACAUAUGUCUGAUAAACAGUUGAAGAUGAAAGUAUUGCCGAUGUAUGGUGGCUUGCCAGCAUCUGAACAAAUGAGGGUGUUUGAGAGGACAUCGAAGAAUACCAGGAAGGUUGUCAUAGCAACCAACAUAGCUGAAGCUUCUAUUACCAUUAGUGGUAUUGUACACGUUAUAGAUUGUGGGUUUGUGAAACUGAGAGCGUACAAUCCAAACACUGGUCUUGAAGGUCUUGUUGUGGUGCCAGUAUCCCAAGCAUCAGCUCAGCAAAGAUCAGGGCGAGCUGGUAGAGUGAGAUCUGGUAAAGCCUAUAGGUUAUAUACAGAAGAAGACUUUGAUAAGUUGCCUAACUCCACAGUGCCGGAGAUGCAAAGGACCAACUUAGCAACAGUUAUCUUACAACUCAAAUGCCUUGGUAUAGACAACGUAUUGAGGUUUAAUUUUCUCUCUCCCCCAUCGUCUAAAGCCAUGAUACGUGGCUUAGAACUGCUCUAUGCAUUGGGGGCCAUCAACGAUAAUGCCAAGCUAACGGAACCACUCGGUGUGAGAAUGGCAGAGUUUCCACUCGAUCCAAUGUUUGCCAAGACACUUCUUACUUCCGGUACAUUUGGCUGCUCAGAAGAAAUACUUACAAUUAUUGCAAUGUUACAAGUACAGAAUAUAUUCUUAUCACCGUCAAACCAGAAGGCAGCAGCCGAGAAAGCCAAAAGGAAGUUUUCUGUGGCCGAAGGUGAUCAUAUAACACUCUUGAAUGUGUACGAGGCAUAUAUAAAGUGUGGAAAAAGCUCUCGAUGGUGUCAUGAACAUUACCUAAACUACAGAGGACUUUGCAGAGCAACGUCAAUCCGAGACCAACUGAAAAAGAUUGCCAAGAAAUUCAAAGUUAAAAUGUUGAACAGCGAAGGCGAUGUUGAUGUCAUAUGUCGGUGUAUUGUAGCGGGAUUCUUUUCUAAUGCCGCUAAAUUGCAUCCAAGUGGUUCAUACAGGACUAUUAGAGAUAAUUACACAUUGUACAUUCACCCUACAUCAGUGUUGUAUGUGGAAAAACCACCCAAAUGGGUUAUUUUUAAUGAAAUUCUGCAGACAAAUAAAGAUUAUAUGCGAGAUAUCAUGGUGAUAGAUGCAUCAUGGUUAUAUGAACUGGCACCACAUUAUUACCAAUAUGGAACGGAGAGAGAAAUUGGAGCAAAAAAGGCUAGACUGGAAUAAGACCAGUGUAAUUUUCAGAGGAAAACUGUCAAUCAAUUGAAUGAUCAUCACGAAUAUUGUACAUGCUUUCAAGGGCAAAGCUAUCAUCUGCAUGAUAUAUCAACAGCAGUCGUCCAAUACAAUGCCAACACGUAGACUUGUCCUUUGUGGUAUUCUAAAUAAAGCAAUAAUCAGGCCAGUGACUAGAACACACCACAUCACUU